GAACAGUGAACACCGAACUUGCUGACGUUUUUGGGGGAUGGCUGACACGGGCGGAGAACCCGUGGAGAUCACGGCACUAAGAACUAACCUCGUGUUUAUUACAGAUACCGUAACUGCUGUCCAAGGAACUCUUCAGUGGUUUGCUAACUGCCUGGUGGAAAGGUCCUUCAUCGCUCGGAGAGAUGCUAAGGGAAUACUCAGUACGUAUGGAGUGCCGCCUGCUCGACAAGCAAGUCUGCUAAUGGACGCCGUGUUCGCAAGAAUGCAUCUAUCAGAUGAAAGAAAACGCCUCUUUCUCGAGUUUGUCAAUAUAUUUUCCGAUGAUCCAGUAUAUGGGGAUCUUGUGAUGAAACUAAGGAGAGAAGUAUCUCAGUCUACAGAAAGUUUUAUUCUUCAACCUGAAACAAGUGAGGUCUCUGUUUCCGUGUCAUCUCAAUCCGAGACGUCUACUGACUUAGUGAUUUCUCGACGUCAAGGAGAUGAUAUUCACAAAAUUAAAGCAGAUAUUGAGACCCUGGAGAGAAAGUUUGAAAAGCUACAGGAUAUGGUCAUUGAUUAUCUUAAAAGUAAAUCUGUUGAUGUGAAACAUAUUGUCCUUAAACUGACUCAGCUGAGUGCUUCGGAAAAGCCCCAACAUGAGUCAUACUUGAAGGAAAAUUUAGAAGAACUUGAAAAAUGUAAAGAACCCAUACAUCUGAUUUCACGACUGAAUCUCUACUGGAAUUACCUCUCCCCUCAACUACUGUACCAUAUCAUUGGCAAAUUUCUGCCCAAAACCGACGUCGAGAAGGAAAUGGUAUCCUACAAUGGCUACCUUAGACAGUUCCGGGGUUGCACACUUCUGAAGCUGUUCUGUCAGAUAGAAGAACAAGUUAUCGAGCCACCAGAGGGAUUUUCUAACAUUGUAGCAAAGUUUUCAAGGCCUAUUUCGGAUAAAAUAACACUACAGGAUGUUGAAAACUUCCGAGUACAGUUAGCAUGUCAGUACAAGCUUCGGGACUUUGCACUGAUGUUAAAAUCUAAAGUAAAGGCAGGAUCCUUUCUCGUCACAUUUUUCGUGCCAAAUUCUGUCCUUGAGAGACUAACAACAGACAUUCCAAAAAAGGAUCUCUUUGAAGAGUUUGGCAUCACUCAACUGGACAUAAAUGGACACUGUGUAUACUGUGAUGCCAGUGAAACAGCUCUAGCUAUGACGGAGGAGGCAAUUAAGACUACUACUGUCCCUAGUAUUAUGGAGAUCUCAGCAACUCUCCCCGCCAUGGACGCUUCUUCAGCCCCAUCUAAUACAGCACCAGAAAAAGUAAUGACUUCAAGUACUAGCAUCCCUUGCUCCUCAUCCCAGUCGGAGGUAGUGCAUGCUCACUUUUCUGACAGAGGCUCAAGUACCGGUGUUUAUCUUCAAAAAAUGUACCGACGGCAUGUUCCCUCUGAACGCCUGCAUAAAAGGAAAAGAGUAACAGAAAAACGGAAGAAAAAAGGACGGUUAAAAGUUAAGCAUUUGCCACUAUUGAGAGAUAUUCUGAAAUCCGUUGCACACAAAUUUUGUGUUUUCGGAACCGAAGUCAAGGUUGAGCACGAUGUGCUGGCAGGUAUUUCUAAGGGUUACUAUACUUUUGAUGAGAAACUGUCCAGAGUGCUUGAAUAUCGCUUGCAGCAGGCUCCAAUGUUGACAUGGCAUGAUAUAGUGAGAGCCCUCAGAUCUCCUUCUGUUAAUGAACAGGACCUAGCUAGUCAGAUUGAGUCCCAGUACAUCCCUUGCUCUUCAUCCCAGUCACACCCAGUGAGUGACCUGUCUUCUGACAGAGGUUCAAGUAGUGUUUAUCCUCAAAACAUGGAACUACAGCAGCAUUUCCCCACUGAGCACUUUACUGACAGACGUAAAAGAAAGAGAAAACGAGAAAAAGAGGAGAGAAAACAUUCUCAGGAACGUUAUACAAAACAAAUUCUUGAAUCAACACCGUCUGUACUUCCUACUUAUUCUCCGGCUGCCAAAAGACCAAGAAAUAAUUCAACCCUUAGUCCCUCUUAUCCUGCCAGUGAAGCAACAGCUGGUAUUCCACCUAUCGUUAAUAAAUUCAUAGAUUUUGUGAAGCAAACAUACAGUGCUCAAGUUGUUGUGAAGGAUGAAAAGUGGUCUCUUUCUCCCACAGUCAAAUACAUUAACCUCGCCUGCAUUGACAGGAAAUGUGUUAAAAGUAAGGAAUAUGAGAAUGUAACAAAAGCUAUGGUUCAUGAUGGCAAUGUUGAUGUCAUACAAGAAACAAAGGGACCUAUUAAGUUCAGUGCAAUAGCGAAAGGGAUUUCCCUCCCAUCAACUGCUGAAGCAUGUGCCCAGCAGGUAACCGAUAAAAGGUUGAUACUUGUGGAGGGGGCUCCAGGUGCUGGUAAGUCAACAUUUGCGUGGGAGUUUUGUCGCAGAUGGAUGUUGGGUAAGGUAGCUCAGCAGUACCACCUAGUGCUCCUGCUCAGGCUUAGAGAUGAAAGAAUCAGAAAAGCUAAAUAUUUAGAAGACCUUUUAUAUCACCCAGAAAAAGAUGUGGCUUCCGGUGUAUGCCAUGAGCUUCUAACUUCACAUGUGCUCAUCAUUCUUGAAGGCUAUGACGAGCUCCCUGAUAGCUGUCGCAAUGAUCCUUUAUCUGUUUUCAACGAGCUGAUAUCAGGAAAGUUGCUGCCUUUGUCUACCGUCCUCGUCACCAGUCGACCUUGGGCUACAAAAGAGAUUCGUGAGAAGGAAGAUUGUCGCAUGCAUCAGCACAUUGAGGUCUUAGGAUUUACCAACUGUCAGAUCAAAGAGUAUAUCAAAGAAACUGUCCCAAAAGAGCAGGUGAACGAUCUUAAUUCUUACCUGGAGAGACAUCCUCAAAUUAGAUGUGGCAUGUACAUUCCUCUGAACAGUGCUAUUGUCGUGGCUGUAUAUAAGGAAGGUUUUCAACGUGAUCAUGACAAAUUGCCUUGUACCCUCACCGAACUCUACAGUUGCUAUGUAGAGAUAUUGAUAAGACGACAUCUGAAGCGUGCUAAUACAAAGCAGAAUGAGGGGGGCACACUUAUUAUCCCUGGUAUAAUUAAUCUCUCUGUUUCGAAAGAGGUGCACAAAAACUUUGUUAGUAUGUGUGAGUUGGCCUAUACAGGAAUUAUUGGUUCAGAUGAAGAGGUCAAAGUCAUAUUCAGCGAGUCUGAACUGCCACCAAACUUUGACAAUCUUGGGUUGAUGGACUCAGUCACUGAGCUCUAUGUGACUGGACAAACUUCUUCAUCUCACAACUUUCUUCAUCUCACAUUCCAGGAAUUCUUUGCUGCAGUUCACAUCUCUACUAUGCCUGGAGAACAACAGCUGCAAUACUUUAAGAAGAGUAAGACCGAUGGCGGUAAGAAAGAAGGCAGGUUAAAAGUAGUGCUAAGGUUUCUUGCUGGCCUACGCAAUUUGGAUUGUUUUACUCAAGAAACUGUAAAAUACAUUGUAAAGUCUCCUUCAACACCUGUGAGUAGUAAAUAUUCAACACCCUGUAACAUUUCAGUGGAUGUUGAUGUUGUCAACUGGUUGUUCGAGGCUCAGAGUCAGACUGCUAUUUCCCUACUCCUAGAAGAGUGCAAAGUAGAAUUCAAGGCCAAAAAGAGUCAAAUGAUGCCAAUGGACUACUACUCUCUCGGUUACUGUAUAUCCCACAGCCAGUGCCAGUGGGUUUUGUCUCUUACAGGAACCAGCAUUGUUUCUAAGGAGAAGAUAAAACUACUUGCUAAUGGUGCAGUAGAAUCAAAUGGUGUUGGAAAAAUUGUCCAACUUGGAGCUGAUAUGCUUGUAAAUUUGCCAAGAACUAAUUUUACCAUGUUGUUUGCUAAGUGGAGUUGUCUUCUCCAUCUUCAUGAACUUUCCCUUUUUACAAUACCCCAGGCAUGGCCAGACCUAUCUCACCUGUUGUCAUUAUCAAUAGAGGGCGAUGUUACAGAUCAAGACUGCACGAACCUUGUCAGUUAUCUGGCCUCAACAAACUGCCUCAAGAAGUUUUCGCUUAUGUUCAAGACUGUACCUUUAUCCAGAAGAUGCUCCUACUUCGCAGCAACUACUGGAGUUGUUAGAGGCUGUAUACCACCACCACACUCUUGAAGAGAAGUCAGUAAAGGAAGCUGCAUGUAGACUAACUACAGAUGAUGAUGUGAAAGCCUUGAGUCAAAUAUGCUCUUC